UCCUCCGGCACAUCGGCCCAAAGGAAAGUCUUCAAACCUGUUGCUCUGCGGCGAUUAUAUUCCCUCGGAAAGAUGCUGUGGCCGAGAGAAGGAGGCAGAUUUAUCAGCGAGAGGGCGAAGAACGUCCAGGUGGUUCCCGAAGGAGUUGAGAAAGUGGCGGUGAUGCUGUCAGAGUCGGUGAAGGAAGGCAAGAUGAAUCUGAAGGAGUUUUUGCAGAAUGAUGUACUUCCUGUUGACAAAGGCCUGACAGAGGAGCAGCUACUGAAUUGGACAUUCUUGGUUGACACACUGAACUUCAAUUUCUGGACCCCUGAUGGAGAGCCAAAAUAUACUGUCAGAGACAAAGGAAGGAAGCGAACUGGAUAUAUGGCCAUGGUUGCUGCUAUUAACCGUGCUAUCGAUGAGGGCAAGAAGAUUUAUGAUCCAAAUUACUACUCCAAAUUGACCCUUGAUGACAUUAAACACAUAUUUCGGUCCGAGACCAAGUCUUCUAUGCCACUGUUUGAUGAACGAGUUCGAGUACUCGGUGAAGUGGGCAAAAAGCUGAAUGAGGAAUAUGAAGGAACCUUUCUGAAUGUUCUUAAAAAGGCAGACUGCAGUGCCUUGAAACUAGUGGACAUUGUAACUAGUGAAUUUGAGUGUUUUAGGGAUGUUGCAAAGUAUGAGGGGCAGGAAGUGGCCAUGUUCAAGAGGGCACAGAUUUUGGCGAGUGAUAUCUGGGUCCUCUUUAAGGGAGAGGGCCUAGGAGCAUUCACAGAUAUUGACAAACUGACAAUAUUUGCAGAUUAUAGAGUACCUCAGGCCAUGGCUCAUUUUGGAGUGCUGAAGUACUCUCCUUCCCUGGAGGAGAAGCUGAAGAAGCAACACAUCUUUCAGAGUGGAGAGCAAGAAGAGGUUGAGAUCCGAGGCUGCUCCAUCCAUGCUGCAGAGCUGAUUGUAGAAAGGAUGAAAGAUCUCUUAUCACAGUCAGGUUGUUCUGCAUCAAUUAAUAGUGCUAAGGUUGAUUUCUUCCUCUGGGACUAUCGGCUGACAAAUGCGGCUGCACUGGAGAGUGUGCCUUACCAUAGAGUCAGAUGCAUUUAUUAUUAGAGAGGUUUUUAAAGGAAGUUUGUUGAAUGGUGUGGUGAUUGGCACAAUUGUAAUUGGAGUACAACUUACAGCCACCAGUUUUAAUACUUUUACGUUCAUGAUACCAUUCAAGAGUUUCCAUAAUCAACUUGCCAAACAAUUAAAAACAGUGUAUGUAUUUUUUUUAUGUACAUGAGGAAGUAUAAGGUGUAUAAAAUAUUUUUAUAUAUGCAAUAGCAAAUCUAUGGUUAAGUUGGAAAAUAAAGUUUGUUAGUGAGUUGUAUUGUUGUCCAAGUGUUGGUGUCUGGGCUAGUCAAAGCAGUAACAAUUAUGAAAAUAUAAUAAAUGUGAAAUUGUCAUAUCAGAUUGUCUGCAUGCAGAGGGGGCAACCCCAUCAACAGGCAAAUUGCUUGCUUGUGCCAGAGCAGUACCUGCAGGCACUGCUCAAGUAUGGGGAUGGGCUUUUAGGUGUUAUCU